AUGAGAUGUGUCUUGCAGAGCAGCCCAGACAGGUUUAGAGUCUCGGGUUAAUCAAUACAACCCGUUCACCGUUCCCUGCGCCUUCAGCAUUAUUAACCGUGUCUCUAUUCUCCGGAGCUGCCUACCUAGACAGCAUUUCGUCCAUCGUAUGCGUGUCCCGAGCCAGCCGCCCAGAAAUGCCGUAGGUAAGCGCCGGUCCAGAGAGUGAGACACGGCCAUUUUCAGUUUUCAAACAGCGCCUGUGCUCAGAAGAGCGCACUGAAUAGUAGGCAUGACGGAGGCCGAUCCUGCGGUGAAACUCGGCCCUCCCGACUACAAGAAGCUCGCGCGGCUGUACUGCAUGAACGGAGGAUUUCACCUGCGGCUCGCGGCGGACGGAUCCGUGGCUGGAGCGCGAGAGGAAGACGAAUACAGCAUACUGCGCAUAAAAGCAACAAGUCCAGGAGUGGUGGUCAUUGAAGGAGCAGAGGCAGGACUUUACCUCUCUAUGAAUGAAGACGGCAAGCUGUACGCUUCAUCAUUAGUAACAGAUGAAAGUUAUUUCUUGGAGAGGAUGGAGGAAAACCACUACAACACGUAUCAGUCUCAAAAGCAUGGUGAAAACUGGUACGUCGGAAUAAAAAAGAACGGAAAAAUGAAACGCGGUCCAAGAACACACAUUGGACAAAAGGCGAUUUUCUUUCUCCCUCGACAGGUGGACCAGACAAAGGACUGAGGCCUGAAACCUGAUCGCAUUUCAUCACACAGAAUAACUGCUGGCACUUUACAAUAAGAUCCCAUUUGUUAACAUUAGCUAACUACUGUUCAUUUCAUGGACCUAAACUAACAAUAAAGUUACAUUUUCAUUAUCUAAUGUUAGAAAAUAUAAAUAAAUACUGUAUAUUUACUGUAGAAAAAAUACUGUAACAGAUGCUCAUUGUCAAUGCAUCAGAUAAGUUUAAUUAUUAGGACAUUAUUGUAAAGUGUUAGUGAAUCAGUAUAUAACCCACUGUUAAAUCACAGGAUUACUCGACUAACUACACAUGAAGCGCAUCUAACUCACUGUCAGACGGCUAAAUACACAACAUAUGCAGACUAACAGAAGUUUACUAACCCUUAAAAUGAAAAACUGUCAAAAUCUACUGUUUAAAUAUGCACUGACAAAGAAAGAUAUAGAAUAAAAGUACUAUAAUAGUAAUCUAUUUUUAUUUUUAAAUUGUGAAUCGAGUUCUUCAAAUCUCAAAUGACAUUUCAUGUUGUAUUUUCUUAUGGUUAUAUAAUCAUGUGUGUCUGAUUUGAGUUUUAUUUUUCUGUUCAUGAGCAGCUCAGAAAUAUCAACGUUAUUGUGCUGUCAUUGUACCUUUCUGGAUCAUGUUACACAAUCUCCUCACUGACAUGUACUAUAUAUAUAUAUAUGCGUGUGUGUGUUGAGUCAUUGAAAGUAUAUUCAUGUAAAAUUAUAAUAACUGCAAAUGAAUAAAUGGUAAAUGUUACUAUAAAUACUGCAAUACGCAAGUCACCAAACCAACAAAUCAUAGUUAAUCUUUACUAACACAUACAUAAUAGAUUUAUAUAUUAUUGUUAAAGUUAAAAUCCUUCAGUUAAGGAUCUAAAAGUUUGGGGUCAAUAAUAUAUAUAUAUAUAUAUUUUUUUUUUUUUUUGAAAGGUGGGGUUAAUGUGUUUGCUGGGCAAGGUUGCAUUAAAUUAAUUAAAAUGAUCAAAACGUCAUAUUAAUCAAAAAUUAGAAUAUGCUCAAGGAUCUGAUAAUGAUGCUCAAAAUUCAGCUUUGUCAUCACAGGAAACAAAUACAUUUGAAAAUUUAUUUAAAUAGAAAAACUUUGUAAUAGUAUUAGGGCUGUUGAUUUAGCUCACUAAAUUGGUGCUGUUAAAUUAUAAAAAAUAAUGCAUUAAAAUUAUUAAUGCAUUAAAACCCAUACCUGCACGUGAUCUUGCAUUGAUGCAGGAUGACUGACUGAAUGUGUGAUUGGGUUUAAUUUUAGAUUCAAUAUUAUUUGGUUUUGCUUGGAAAAAAAAUCCUAAAUUCAAGCAAAACUGUGCCUUUACGGUUUCUGAAUGAAUCAAUGAUUCAGUGACCCAUUCAUAAAGACUGAAUUUGCUACUGAAUGAAUCGUUUAAACAAAUUGGCUGAAUGACUCAAGACUCGCCACUUGAUUUAAUACUUUUUUUUUUUUUCAUAUUUCAAUAUUCAUUCAACAAAAAUUAAACCACAUUUACUAUCAUUAUUUAUGCAAUGCUUUUCUCAUCCAAGACAAUGAUUUAACACAAUUUGUGGGGUAAUAUCGAUGUGUGAUUAGCAGUUAGGUUAAUUAAUUUGAUAAUUUUGA